UUCGUCGAACGAGAAUAUAAGGUGCUGUUCAAAAAACGGCGCCUCAAUGCCAUAAAACACACCACCCAAACCUACCAGCAGCAACUGGAUGAACUGAAGAUGGAAGAAGAGAAGAUAAAGAAACUGCUCACUUGUGAGAAAGAAGAAGAAGCAAUGAAAUUACGAGCUUUGGAGAACCGACUGGAGAAAUUUCAGGUCAAAUAUCAUGAGGCUGAAAAGAUCAACUUAAACUAUCUGAAACUCAAAAGUCACCUACAGCAGGAGAGUGUGACUUACGGAAAACAGAUCGAGAGUUUGGAAGAAGAAAAUCAGAAGCACAGAGAGAAGCUUGACAAUAUGCAGGUCAUGAAUAAUAAUGCUCAGCUCGCCAAAGAAGCUACAAAGGCUGAGUUACAGCAGCUGCAGAGGGAGAUGUCCAAAAAAGAAAAUGAGAGGAAGAAAAUCAUAGCCAGGUUGAGGCACAAGGGUGAAGAACUCAAGAGUCAAGCUGAGAAGGCGGAGAAAAAUGUUCAAAAGACAAUAACACAGCCAGAUGAUUUGGACUUUGACACCCAGCAAGUCCGUCCUGAGAUCACUGAGGAAGAAGAGAACAACAUCUUCCCCUAUGAGAAGGCUUUCAGGAGAAUCAGUGAAGCAACAGGAUGCACAGAUAUGCAGGAGUUUGUGAAGCAGUUUAUCUUACAGGACGAGAAAUAUCAGCAUUUUGAGAAGCUUAAACAAGAGAAUGAGGAGGUCCUGUUGGAGCUGAAGAAGGAGAAGGAGCUCAGAAUUCAACAGUUUGAGGACAUGAAAUACUCUGAGGAAGCUAAACUGUCCAGUGACAUGAAGAUGUUGGAGAAAAGCGAGCAUCAGCUGCAGAUUCAGCAGCAGAGUCGCGAUGCAGCUGCGGAACGCCUGGCCGGGCUUAAGAAGACCCUUAGCUCCAUCAAAGUUCAACUUGGAAACCUGGCAGAGAAACUGCAGCACAUCAACCUUCCUGAGGACAAAUCUAUUAAAGUCCAUCCAGAUUCAGAUCAGUUUGUGCUGGAGCUUCUCACAGAGUGUGAGCUGAAAAUACAGAUCUUACAAGAGGAUCCUGAGGGAAAGGACCUAAAGAUGAAAAGGGAUGAGCUCUUUGCCAAGGUUGAAAACAAAAGUGAAAACCCAGAGAAUCAAACACAGGAGCUCGGCAAAGAAACAGACUUUUAAUCAUCCUCACAGCCUGUUGGACCAAAUGUAGUAUAUAAUGUUAUCUCAUAUUUAAUCAUUUUUACAAUACCCUUUAUACUGAAUAUCUAUUUGUUUCCCUUAAAAUUGCUAUGGCCUGGUGCUAAUUUCUGUGUUGAGCUGUUGAAACGGAGCGAUCUUGGAGAAAUCUUGGACCAGUCUCCAUGUUGGAAUCUUAUGCAGGGAGUUAAAGUGGGGUUGACAGAGAGCAGCUGUCUCCUCACUCUUGACAAGGGUGAAAUAGAUAGAUAGCAUGCCUUUUAAAGUGCUUAUUCUUGUGUAAAUCUGUCACAAAGAUAUUGUUGCUGCUGUUUGUCCCCUCCCUUUAGAUCAGCAACAUUCAUGUAAGUAGGGACCUCCUUUAUUGAAAUAAAAAUAAAGGAUUUGGCAGAGUGUGUUUGAGAGCGGUAGGAGAUUUUAACUGAACACAUCUCUGUCCGUUCUGCUCGAGU